CCUUCUCCUUUUCCCUCUUAGGAUGAGGUGGGCGCACCCGGCAUAGUGGUUGGAGUUUCUGUAGAUGGAAGAGAAGUCUGGUCGGAAGGCCUAGGUUAUGCAGAUAUUGAGAACCGUGUGCCCUGUAAGCCAGAGACCGUCAUGAGAAUCGCCAGCAUCAGCAAGAGCCUCACCAUGGUCGCUCUCGCCAAACUGUGGGAAGCGGGGAAGCUGGAUCUUGAUAUUCCAGUACAGCACUAUGUUCCCGAGUUCCCAGAAAAAGAGUAUGAAGGUGAAAAGGUUUCUGUUACAACAAGAUUACUAAUUUCCCAUUUAAGUGGAAUUCGUCAUUAUGAAAAGGACAUGAAAAAGGUGAAAGAAGAAAAGGCUUACAAAGCCUUGAUCAUGACGAGAGGGACACUGGCACCUGACCAGGAAAAAGAAUUCAGAGAAAAAGGAAGCAGAAGUAAUGAAAAGGAUGACUUGGCCAAAGCUAAGACAGAACCAGACCAUGAAGCCAAAUGCCGGAAUUUGAAACUGGGCAAGAAAAAGAAUGAUUUUGAACAAGGCGAAUUGUAUUUGAAAGAAAAGUUUGAAAAUUCAAUUGAAUCCUUAAGAUUAUUUAAAAAUGAUCCAUUGUUCUUUAAGCCUGGUAGUCAGUUCUUGUACUCAACAUUUGGCUAUACCCUCCUGGCAGCCAUAGUAGAGAGAGCGUCGGGAUAUAAGUAUCUGGACUACAUGCAGAAAAUAUUCCAUGACCUGGAUAUGCUGACGACUGUCCAGGAAGAGAACGAGCCCGUGAUUUACAACCGAGCAAGAUUUUAUGUUUAUAAUAAAAAGAAACGCCUUGCCAACACGCCUUAUGUGGAUAACUCCUACAAAUGGGCUGGUGGUGGAUUUCUGUCUACCGUGGGUGACCUUCUGAAAUUUGGGAACUCAGUGCUAUACAGUUACCAGGUCGGGCUGUUUAAGGGCUCACAUGAGAAUCUGUUACCUGGAUACCUCAAACCGGAGACAAUGGCGAUGGUGUGGACACCCGUCCCCAACACAGAGAUGUCUUGGGAUAAAGAUGGCAAAUACGCAAUGGCCUGGGGUGUGGUGGAGAAGAAGCAGACACAUGGUUCUUGUAGGAAGCAGCGGCACUAUGCGUCCCACACUGGAGGUGCGGUGGGCGCCAGUAGUGUCCUGCUGGUCCUGCCUGAAGAACUGGACGCAGAGACCAUAAAGAACAAGCUUCCCCCAAGAGGAAUAAUUGUUUCUAUCAUCUGUAACAUGCAGUCUGUGGGCCUCAAUGGCACCGCUUUAAAGAUUGCCCUGGAAUUCGAUAAAGACAGGUCGGACUGAAACCUUAACCUCACAGGUGCAAAAGAAACAUUUUGAAAUAUUAAACUUCCAAAAUACAUGAGCUUUUUAAGAAUAAAUUUGUAAUAAUGAAUGCAGAAAACUAUGUACCUCUAAUUGCUUAAUUUUGUAAUUGUCUUUUAUUGUAGGAUUAGUUCUUUAUACUCAGGGAAGUCACUAUUAUUUCUACUUCUGGAAAAAGUGUUAACUCUU